AAGCUAAACUACUAGACAUGGAGCAAAAAGCAGCUAAUAUGAAGACUGCUAAAGAUGGACUUAGCUUAGAAACCCAGGAAACUAUUGAAGAAGUUGAAAAUAAUAUUAUACAGGGUUCUACCUUCGAAGAAGAAUUGGAUAGUGAUAAUGAAAGUUAUAAAGACACCAAUAAAGAAGAAAUAGAAUUUGAUACCAAUUUCAACUCUGAAGAUUGGGAACAGUUCCAAUCCCUGACUAAUUCUGUUUCUAAUAUGUAG